CACACAGUAAAUAAACGGAAGACUAAAUCAGUAAUUAAGAUUUUUCUAAGAAACCGCCACCUUGUCAUUUAAGUAUUUCGCGCUAAAGUCAAAAGUCCCGGGUUAUCUCCCUGUAUCAUCACAUCGUCUCCUGACAACAAGCACCAUAAUUUCUUUUAUUUAUCAAAAUGCCACCCAAAAAAACCUCCAGCAUCGUUCCGGUUAACCCUCGGUUUCUUGAUCUGCCAUGUGAAUGGCAAGAGUGCCAGUUUGUCACUAACGAGAUGGAGAAAUUCAUCAAACACCUCUCUGAACACCUCACCACUUUACUAAGUAGUGUAACUCCUCCAGAACAAGUGCUUGGCUGCUUCAACUGUAAAUGGCGAAACUGUGAUGUUGCUGUUAUUGGACAUAUAUCAGACUACACACGACAUGUUUUCUUCCAUGCAUUCCACACAAAGAUUAAAUGUAUUGGUAGCAUGUUAGUAAAAAACCUUGAAUUACAUGCAUGCACACUAGAUGGCCAGAGCUGUAACUUAAUACCAGAUUUACCUGAAUGCCUACAAUGUGGAUGGACUCAUUGUGGGGCUGUAUAUGAUAAUCCAGAAUUCUUUUAUCGACAUGUAGAUUUUCAUGCUGAUAGCUUUCCAAAUGGGAACAAUUUAAAAGGAGGCUGUGCUUGCCAGUGGGAAGGAUGUGAUGUUAACGUUAAAAGCAAGCAUAAGCUACGUGAACACCUCAGGAGUCACACUCAACAAAAGUUAGUUGCUUGUCCGAAUUGCGGUGGGCUGUUUUCAAGUCGAACAAAAUUCUUUGACCAUCUUGAACGGCAAAAGGAUGUUCAGUGUUACCAGUGUUCAUAUUGUAACAAGAAAUUCCAAACCGAAAGAUUAAUGCGAGAUCAUGUUCGGAUCCAUGUGAACUGUUACAAGUGCCCAUUAUGUGAUAUGACAUGCCCAAACCCACAUGGUCUUAGAAAUCAUCUUCGAUACAAGCAUACAAGUGAACGGCAGUAUAACUGCCUUGAAUGUGACUACAGGAGUAAAACACCUUCAGAUCUACGGCGCCACAUGGAGACUCAUUCAGAAAACACCAUUAUGUGCCAUGUAAAAGGAUGUUGUUUUGUGACUCGUCUUUACCAGUGCUUGGCUUCUCAUUACCAAAAAACACAUCAGGGUAUUGACACUCAUCGCUUUGCUUGUCAUAUUUGUGAAGCUUUUUUCACAAGAGGGUCUCUACUUACGAAGCAUCUUAAAAAGACACACAAAUACAAACUUCCAUCUGGUUAUUCAAGAUUUCGUUACACUAUGAGCCAAGAUGGUUUUUGGCGCCUGCAAACUGUACGUUACGAAAGUGUCAAUUUAAUAGAACAAGUCAUUGUCAAUGUUGCUGAUGCCACCGCUAAUUCUGAAGAGAUGGCAUCAUCAGAAAGCUGUGAUCCAGCACCUACCACAGAAUUAGUCAGUACAACAUACAAUCUAGAGAUGUUAGGAGAUGUAGCCCUUCAUACGCCUAGUAAACUGGAUAUUGUCACUGAAAAAGUAACUGAAGAGGAUGGAGUAAAGGCUAAAGAUAGUUUUAUUAACACUGACGACAUCGAAAUGGAGAAGGUCACUCAGUGAAACCUUUUUCCACUUUCAUAUCGCUUUUAUUCAAAUCGCAGUAUGUAACUUUGCGAAUGCUGAUGUUUUAUGUUUUAGCAUUCUUUAAAUAUCACUGCUUCUAAUUUGAACAUUACCUUCUGCCUUAUCUAAAAUGUAUAUAUUUCUCAUCUGUUAAUAAUCUUAUGUA